AUUGCUUCUGAGAAAAAAAAAAAAUAUAUAUAUAUAUAUAUAUUUAUAUAUAUUUUCUUGUGGAGAGAGAAAACCAGGAAAAAACCACAGAAGAAGGAAGAAAAACAUGAAGAUGACAGAGAUGAGCAAAGAGAUCGUAUAAGCCUGAGAUUUUGCAAAAGGAACUCUGAAUGUAACCUCAAAAAACAAACACAGAGAGAAAAAGAAAAAUCCACCAACAUUUUUAAAAUAUAAAGACAAUUUUUUUUUAGUUUUUACUUUGAGCAUCUGAAAAAGGCCAAGAAUUCUCUAAUAUUUUUGACCUCCAAAUGCACAUGGCUUCUCGGGCUUCUCUUCUCUCCAACAUUUGUUUUUUGUUUAUCUUUUACCUCACAUGCUCUCCUCUUCUCUCUCUUCUAUCUACUUCUUCUUCUCUCUCUCUCUCUCUCUCUCUCACUCUCAAACAGCGCCACAUACUAAUUCAAUAUCAUUGAAAGCUUUUGACUGAAUAGUUGAAAUAACAGAUUCCUCCUCAGAUCUACAGUGAAAAGCCCUUUAACUAUUCUCUGCCUCAAUUCUUCUUCAUCUUCUUCUCCAUUGGCGCUUCUUUCGUCUUCUGGUUUUAAUUUCGAUACAAUCCGUAAAGGUAAUAACUGUAGCAUGGAACUACUUUCAGAUGACUGAAACGCAUAGACUUGCUGUUGAAGCACAUAGUUGUAGUAUUUUGAUGAGUGUGUGUCGUGGACGCUUUAAUUGAAUGAUAUUAUUCAGUGAAUUUCCAUGGUUUGCGAGAUGGUUACCGAUCAAAUUCAAGAAAUGGAAAUGGAAAUGGAAAUGGAUGUGGAAUUCCUCCCUUCAAUGUGGCCUGAAGAUAUUGGAAAUAAUGCUGGAAAACAGUUUAACGUUGAAAAGCCAGGACGGGAUCAAGAUAUGUUGGAGGAGGUCACAAUCAUAGAGGAACCAACAAUAGUUGAUUUUAAGCGUCUUUUAGAGCUAACUAAUUAUACUGACAAAGGUUCCUCUCAGCUGGCAUACCUUGUAAAACACUGGGAGUAUAAGCAGGCAAAUGCUGUACGCCUUCUCAAAGAAGAACUUGACAUUCUAAGCAGACAAAGACAGGAAGUUGAGCUCAAGAAAUUGGAGAUAUUGGAGGAGCAUCGAUUUGAGGAAGAAACAUAUGGAGGUGAUAAACGUCCAAUUUCUAUUCUGGAUGAAGUUUAUGACAUAUGGCCAGAUGUUCCUCGGAUUAAAAAUGAUGUUGUUGUUCAGAAUAAGAGGGUUGAAAUAGAAGCCGAAUACGAUACUGUUGUGUACUGGAAGCAGCGAGCCUUGCACUUGGAGAAAUUGUUGGAGGCAAGUGUGCAGAGAGAGCAUAUGCUCUUAGAAAAGUUAGAGGAAAGCAUUAAAAAUCUUGAAAGGCAAUCCUCACCAGUGGAAGAACUUUCCCAGAUUUUGAAGAGAGCAGAUAAUUUCUUACAUUUUGUACUUCAAAAUGCACCUGUUGUUAUUGGUCAUCAGGACAAAGAGUUGCGCUAUCGCUUUAUCUACAAUCACUUCCCAAGUUUGCAAGAGGAGGACAUCAUAGGAAGAACAGAUGUCGAAAUUUUUACAGGAGCUGGUGUCAAGGAAUCUCAAGACUUCAAAAAAGAAGUUCUGGAAAAGGGAUUACCUGCAAAGCGAGAGAUAACUUUUGAGACAGAGUUAUUUGGCUCAAAGACAUUUUUGAUAUAUGUGGAACCAGUCUUUAGCAAGUCGGGGGAGACAAUUGGUAUAAAUUAUAUGGGGAUGGAUGUAACUGACCAGGUGAGGAAAAGAGAAAAGAUGGCAAAGCUUCGUGAGGAGAUAGCUGUUCAAAAAGCCAAAGAAACAGAACUUAACAAAACAAUUCAUAUAACAGAGGAGACCAUGCGGGCAAAGCAAAUGCUGGCAACCAUGUCUCAUGAAAUAAGAUCUCCACUUUCUGGGGUUGUAAGCAUGGCUGAGAUUCUUUCCACCACGAAGCUUGACAAGGAGCAGCGUCAACUAUUAGAGGUCAUGCUAUCUUCAGGAGAUUUAGUCCUUCAACUCAUAAAUGACAUCCUUGACCUUUCAAAGGUUGAGUCAGGAGUUAUGAAGUUAGAAGCUACAAAAUUCCGACCAAGAGAAGUAGUAAAGCAUGUACUCCAGACUGCUGCAGCAUCUCUACAGAAAAUUCUAACCUUGGAAGGACAUGUAGCGGAUGAUGUUCCUGUGGAAGUAAUCGGAGAUGUUCUAAGGAUUCGACAAAUUCUCACCAACUUGAUCAGCAAUGCGAUCAAGUUUACACAUGAAGGGAAGGUUGGGAUAAAAGUAUAUGUGAUAUCAAAUCCAUCCUGGGCAAAAGAAAACGGAUGCAAACAAAAUUUGAAUUCUGAUCAAUCAACAGUAUCACAAAAUGGACUAAAAGAGGAGAAACAGACAUCUCAAACUAACAAUGAUCAGAAAGUUCUUCAUGGUAAUGGAGAUAGUGCUCACCAAGAUCAAUCACUUAAUGUUGAAUCCAGAACACCAGUUAAGAGUGAGGCAUCAGUGAGUGGAGAUACGGAUGAGCAACCUUAUUCACCUGAAACAACAGUGUGGAUAUGCUGUGAUGUGUAUGACACUGGAAUUGGAAUACCAGAAAAUGCUCUGCCUACUUUGUUUAAAAGAUACAUGCAAGUUAGUGCCGAUCAUGCUCGAAAAUAUGGUGGCACAGGUUUAGGACUGGCAAUUUGCAAACAACUGGUUGAGCUAAUGGGAUGGUGUCUCACUGUGUCUAGCAAAGUAAAAUGUGGAUCUACGUUUACAUUCAUAUUACCUUACAAGGUUUCAGACACGUGCGAUCAUUCUGAUGAUCCUGAUGAGCUCACAGAUAUGGCUGAUCAUGAUGCUGCAUCUGAUGAUACAACUGAGAGUUUUUUCCAAUUCAAACCGCGCACUUUGGGUUCUCUAUUCACGUCUAAUGGAUCCAGCCGGACCCAAAAACUAUUACCACAUAAUAUUGGCUAUACUGGCUCACAUAAACUAAAUGGGUUUUCAGAGAACUCUUACUCAUUUCCUUCUAGUGAUGUCAGAUCAAAAGAGACAACUUCGCUUGAGAAUGCUUGUUCUGCAUCUAAUACUGCAGAGGCAUUAUCUGAUUCAAAAGAUCCACUACGACAAAGUUUGGAUCCUGAUGAGGAAAAAGCAGCUUGUAGAGCCAUUGACACUAAUGGUCAAAUCCAAAAUCCCGUUACAGGUCCAACUAAUCAUGUGGAGGCAAGCAGUGAAAUGGAUGUAGCAACAAAUUUAAGUGAACCCCAAGGAAAAUGUAUGAGGCAGGAGAAGUCUGUCUCAAGCUCCCAGUGUAAUUCGAAAAGCAGUUCAGAAGUAUCAAAUUCAACACUAAAACCUAAGAUUCUUCUUGUGGAGGACAGCAAGAUCAAUGUUAUGGUGACACAAUCAAUGAUGAAGCAGUUAGGUCACAGCAUAGAUGUUGUGAAUAAUGGAGUUGAAGCUGUGCGAGCAGUUCAGCGAUGUACUUACAAUCUAGUUCUGAUGGAUGUGUGCAUGCCGGUUAUGGAUGGCCUUCAAGCUACGAGACUAAUUCGGUCCUUUGAGGAAACUGGCAGCUGGGAUGCUGCAGAGAAGGCUGGAGUUGAGGCAUCUGAGCUUUCUUCAGAUGCAUUACAAAAUGGUCAGGCUUAUAAGAGUUCAAAAAAGAGGAUCCCCAUUAUUGCAAUGACAGCAAACACAUUGUCGGAAAGCGCAGACGAGUGUUAUGCAAAUGGUAUGGAUUCAUUUGUGUCAAAGCCUGUAACUUUCCAAAAUUUAAAACAAUGUCUGGAACAAUAUUUGUCUUGAUUUCUCUUGUAAAUUUUUGCUUGUGUACAAAAUGAGAAAAAAAAAAAAAAAAAAAUAGCAUGUUAGGAAAGUUUUGUAACCAGUGUAUCAUGCUCUGCUCGGUCAUUAGCAUUUGGUUAUGAAUUGUACAGAUCUACGUACGAGUUAUUUUUUUGUCCCUCUUCAAGAUCUUCUACAUAUAUUUGUUAGUCCUUGGAUUGGAUGAGCCUCUGUAGUCUAGUUAGGUGUUAGGACAUGAAAACAAAACAGAACAUGAAGUGCACUGUUAAAAUGCAGGUAGCGAAGGUGACUUAACUGUAUAAAGUAGUAUUCUUAAUAAUUUUUCUUCUGAGAAUUGGCAUUAUACUGUUUAUCAUUCAUA